AUGGCCCCCACAGUGACACCUAAGAAGGUACCCAAGAAGCUGCUUGAUCAAUGUAUGAGACUAUACAACGACAAUCUGUACGGGAUCUGGCCUUUGCUCUGCUACGACGACCUCCGAAAACUUUUGGACGAGAACUAUGACGACUGCUACACGUACUGGUUUUUGGUAUCUCUUUCGGCAGCGACUCUUGGCGAUUUGCAAACAGAAAUGGAAUCUGAAGAGGGGGCCACCUAUAGUGGGAGAGUAUUAUCCAGCCUGUGUAUCUCAUCGCGCCAGGAGUUUGACGACUUUGAUAGUAGCAAUGUACUCAGCAUCAUGACGUACUACUGUUUGCUGCGCUGUUUUGCUCAGAUGUCUAAUACAGGAACUUCGUACCGACUUUGUUGUGAAGCUAUCAGUCUUAUCACGGUAGCCGAGUUGCAUCGUGAGGAAACGUUCAAGUCUCUUUCUUUCAACGAGCAGCAGCUCAGAAGAAAGCUGUUUUAUUUGCUGCUCAUGACGGAGAGAUACUAUGCCGUAUACUUUCAUUGUACAACACGUUUGGAUGUCACAAUAUCGCCGCCAGAGCGGGAGGCCACCGUUGACCCUCGACUUUCUCUGGACAGUUUUCUAGAGAUGGUCCGAGUAUUUACUGUACCAGGAAAAUAUUUCUUUAAUGCGUUAGCCUCUGACUCGAUUGGCGUUUCUUAUACGGAGGAUUCUCUUAAAAGGAUAUGGAAAGAACUCCAUACAACACCACUUGAAAUAGAGCCAUGGUCCUACGGGUACGUAGACAUUUCAUUUUCGCGACACUGGAUUAGAGCACUAGCUUGGAAAUUUGUGUACCAAGUCAGGGAUAGGCGAACCAGCUUUAUUUCAGAUACGACCAUUGCCCAGGUACCGGCUGAAAUCGCUAGGGACAUGCUUGAGGACACGUUCUUGAUGCCAAGCAACCUUUAUGAGGCGCACGGUCCUGCAAUACCAACGAAAGCGCUUGAAAUAGCGGAUGCGUUAGUGGAAGUUAUAAGUCAAUACGGCCAAGACACGAAAUCAGACGCAUGGAACUGUUUGUGUGAUAUAUCUAAGUUUGUUUUCUCUCUCAAGCACUGUGAUAGUAAAAUGAUGGAAAGAUUUGUUGUCAGAUGCCAAAAUACCCUCGUUACAUGCCCCAUCUCCAGACCCUUGGAAUUGAACAACGAUAACAAGGGUGACUUCCAAGAUGACUUGUCGAGCGAAUUCAGCUUUCGUCCAUGA